GGAGGAGAGCAGAGACACUGGGAUUUAAAAAACACGACUUUUAUUUUUAAAAGUUGUGCGGAGGAACCAUGGAGCUCCGUCGCGUCAACUUGUCCUGGUUUUUAUUCGUCAGUCAAGUAUUUAUCAGCCUCCAGUCGAAAGAACAAGUAUUGCUGGAUAUGAGAGCUUCGGGAUCAGAGUUGGGCUGGUUGACGUUGCCAUAUGAGAACGGAUGGGAGAUAGUCCAGACGGUGGUGAACGGCUCACUUUUCUACACUUAUAGUGUUUGUAGCAUAGAUUCUACUGAGCAAGACAACUGGUUACGCACGACGUUCAUCCAGCGGCGCCCGGGGACCUCAAAGGUCUCCGUCGAGCUCCGUUUCAUCGUGAGGGAUUGCAACACUUUUGACGGUGCUUCUGUCGCCUGCAAGGAAACCUUCAACCUUUUCAUCUCGGAGGCCGACGCCGACGUGGGCACCAACUUCCGCAAGGGCCAGUUCCGCAAAGUGGCCACCAUCGCCCCCGAUGAGGUCACCAGGGGCCGCGUGCUGAAGGUCAACACGGAGACCAAGAUGGUGGGGCCCCUGUCCAGAAAGGGCUUCUACCUGGCGUUCCAGGACAUGGGCGCUUGUGUGGCGCUGCUGUCUGUCAGGGUUUACUACAAGACAUGCCCGUCCACGGUGCAGAGCUUGGCGUCGUUCCCGGAGACUGUGGCGGGUGCUCUGAGGGAGGUGGAGGGAGCCUGUGUGGAGAACGCCGUCAGUCAGGCCACCCCACGCAUCUACUGCACAGCUGACGGGGAGUGGGUGGUUCCUGUGGGCCAGUGCCAGUGUCUCGCCGGCUACGAAACCACCGGGGACGCCUGCCAAGCGUGCAAACCAGGCUACUUCAAGCCGUCUGUAACCAGUGAGUUAUGUCAGGUUUGUCCUAAAAACACCAGGCCGUCUGCAGCCGGCGCCACCGAGUGUCACUGUGAGGACGGCUUCUUCCGCUCGCCUUCAGACCCGCUGACAUCACCCUGCUCCGCUCCACCCAGCGCCCCUCUGGACCUGACCUCCACCACCCUGUCAGCAGAGGGCCGGCUGCAGCUGUCCUGGAGCCCGCCGCUGGUCACCGGGGGCCGCGAGGACCUCACCUACAGCGUGGUGUGCGAGCUUUGCGACGAGGCCUCGUGUGUCCCCUGUGGCGAGAAGAUCCGAUUCGAGCCGGGUCCUACAGACCUGCAGGACGCCACGGUCAUCGCCUGUGACCUGGACUCUCACCUCAACUACACCUUCACCGUGGAGGCUCACAGCGGCGUGUCCCAGUUCGGCACCGAGAGGCCCGUCGCCACCAUCACCACCGCUCUGGACUACACAGAUCCCCCAAAGGUGACGUUGAUCCAUCUGGAUGAUCGCAGCUCCACCAGUCUGUCUCUGUCCUGGUCUCUGUCUCGCAGGCCUCCGGCCCACAUCAAUCACCGCUACGAGCUCAUGUACCGCAGAAAAGAUGAUGAGGGUGAACGUGACGUGACCACCUACACCGUCCUGAUCUUGGAGAAAAGUUCCGUCCAGAUUAAUGACCUGACCCCAGACACCACCUACAUGUUCAGGGUCCAGGCGCUGAGUCCUGAAGGAAACCCCGGCAGCUACAGCGUGGAGCACGAGUUCCUCACUUCACCGUUAGCCGAGUCUCAGAUCCAGAACAACUCCACCAUGGUGAUGGGAGCGCUGGUGGGCGUGGCGGUUAUCCUCCUGGUGGUGGUGGCCGUCCUGCUGCUGCGUAAACGGAGACUGAGUGCUCGUGGCAGGGGAGGACCUGAAGAUCCCUACUUCUCUACAGAUCAACUUAAACCUCUGAAGACGUACGUUGAUCCUCACAUGUAUGAGGACCCGAACAUCGCCAUCCAGAAGUUUGUCACAGAAAUUGACCCGAGUGCCAUCAGCAAACAAAAAGUCAUCGGUGUUGGAGAGUUCGGGGAAGUGUUCUGGGGCGUGAUGAAGAGUCCCGGCCGCGGCGAGGUGGCCGUCGCCAUCAAAACCCUGAAGCCGGGGUACUCCGAGAAACAGAGGCAGGACUUCUUGAGCGAGGCCAGCAUCAUGGGCCAGUUCUCACACCCCAACAUCAUCCGCCUGGAGGGAGUCGUCACCAAAUUCAAGCACGCCAUGAUCGUGACAGAAUAUAUGGAGAACGGAGCUCUCGACACAUAUCUGAAGGACCGGGACGGAGAGAUUCCCUCGUACCAGCUGGUUGGGAUGCUGCGUGGAAUCGCUGCUGGCAUGAAAUACCUGGCCGACAUGAGCUACGUCCACCGGGACCUGGCAGCCAGAAACGUCCUGGUGAACAGCAGCCUGGAGUGUAAAGUCUCUGAUUUUGGGUUGUCGCGGGUGCUGGAGGACGACGCCGAGGGCACAUACACAACAAGAGGAGGUAAAAUCCCCAUCCGCUGGACGGCCCCCGAGGCCAUCGCUUACAGGAAAUUCACCUCGGCCAGCGACGUGUGGAGCUUCGGCAUCGUCAUGUGGGAAGUCAUGGCAUUUGGAGAACGGCCCUACUGGGACAUGAGCAACCAUGAGGUGAUGAAGGCCAUCAACGAGGCCUUCAGGCUCCCCGCUCCGAUGGACUGCCCGUCCGCCAUCUACCAGCUGAUGCUCCAGUGUUGGCAGCACGACCGGUCCAAACGACCUCGCUUCUCCGACACCGUCAACAUCUUGGACAAACUGCUCCGGAGCCCCGAGUCUCUGAAGCCCAUCGCUGACUUUGAUCCACGCGUCUCCAUCCGUCUGCCCAGCACCAGCGGCUGUGACGGCACCAUGUUCCGCUCGGUGCCUGAGUGGCUGGAGUCCAUCAAGAUGAACCAGUACAACGAGAGCUUCGCCCGCGCCGGGAUCACCACCAUGGAGCAGGUGCUCGCCUUGAGGCACGAGGACAUCAGGAAUAUCGGCGUGCGGUUGCCGGGUCACAUGAAGAGGAUAGCGUACAGCAUCCUGGGUCUGAAAGACGAGACCAGCUCUCUCAGCGUGUUUGCUGUGUGAUCUAAGCAUUCCUCCAAAUCAAAGUGCACUGACCGACCGACGCCAUUUCACUCACGGACGAGCAGGACUGAAGUGACGGGGUGAAACUGAUCCACUGCAGGGUUUUCUUAAUGUGGCGUGACUGAAGAGGAUCCUCAGAGAGGACUGAGAGCAAAAAAACACUUAUGUACUUUAUGAAAACAGAAGACAAAUAAUUUAUCUUUAUGUAAAAAAAAAAGUUUUAUACGAUGACUAUAAACAAGUUAUGUGAUGUAGUAAAUAAAACGAUUAUAAAAGUCAGAAAAUGUGAGACAAUGUAAGAGUGCUUGGUUUAUAUUCACUGACUGAACUGUAACGCUCUUUAUGAUUGAAGCGUUUUCUUCCAAGCACUCACUUUAUCCUGCCAGUUAACUGGAUCCUUACAUCUGUUUGUUUUAC